AUUGCCACAGGGUGGAAAGGUGGACUUGUGGAAGAAUUGCAAAUCGACUUUUCCCUACAAUUCAACUUUUGACUGGUUCAAUGAAUUAUUUAUUACUGGUAUCUGGUUUAUUGUCAGUUUGGCAGCCAGUUUUUGGAUCCAGAUGUGGAGAAUCUACGAUUCCGUUUAGUUUGGAGAUCCUUCCAUCAGGUCACCCGGUUCUAGGAUGUGCAAGACCAACAUGUUUCGGGUGGCACCCAAAGGGAUAUCAACUUCCAACCACGGCGAAGUUUUCUCGCCUGAAUCGGAAACUCGAUGGAUUCCUUCGCGACGAUUCUUUGUUCACAUACCCAUUUGAAACCGACAGUUCAAAAAUUUAUAAAGUUCAGAACUCGACAUGCGAGCCUGGAUUCCAAUCUUCAAAAUGUGAUUCCAAAGAUCAAUGGGUUGGUGGAAUAGAGCCAGAAACCGAUGCAUUCCAAGAUGUUGCCUACCAAUGCUGUACAUACGCACCACUUCGUGAAUCAACCGAUCGUAAUAUUGCAACAGUUUCUGCUGGAGAAAUAGUGAUCGGAGGAGAGGUCUAUCAGAAUGAGAGCCAAUAUGCAUUUGACUAUAUCAGUAAUAUUGAGAAGAGUAUGGAUGAGAACGGAGAGGUCUAUUAUGAAGUCAAUAUUCGAAGAUUUGCAUGCUUGGAUCCCCAUAAUGCUGACAGGAGAAUAGAUGAGGUUUGGAGCUCGGAAAACACUAUUCGAAAAGUAAAUGGACAAAAGCCGAUUGCUCAACAAGCUCCAAAUGUUGCCGUGAAUGCUCCAAUUGAAGCUGGAACUUUUGACGGAGAAGUUGUGGAUGGACAAACUGUAGUGAUUGAGGAAAUUAUUGCCCAACAAGGAUUCAUCGUAGAAAAUGAAACUACAGUCGCACCGUUUGCAGGACCAUUCCAAGCGCAGGGCUUUCAACCUCGAUUUGGUGCUCCGCAAGGUUUCCAGCCAGCUUUUCAACAACCACCUCCCCAGCAAUUCUUCCCACAAAAUUUCCAACCAGUUGUUCAACAACCUGUGCAAUUCCCAGCUCAGCCAGUCGGAUACGCUCCUUAUGCACCUGCCGGAUGGCAGCUUCAUUACUGCUUCCCUGCCGAUGCGGAGGUGAACGUCUACGAAAAAGGAGUGAAGCGGAUGGAUGAGCUAGAAGUUGGAGAUUGGGUUCAGGCAUUACACGGGAAGGAAACUACAUAUUCGCCAGUUAAAUAUUGGCUUCAUAGAGAUCCGGAGCAAGAAGCUGAAUUUGUUGAAUUCCUACUCGAAAAUGGAGAAUCUUUCACUCUCACCGAGAAGCAUCUGGUUUUCGCCACAGAUUGCCAGCAAAAUGUCAAAAAUCUCGAUGACCUGAACCCAACUUCUACGGGAAAAAUAAACAUUGGAGAAUGUUUCUUUAUGGCUCAACCAGAGAACGCUUCGAAAUUCCAAAAAGUUCAAAUUCUUGACAUCCAACGUGUGCGGAAAACUGGAAUUUAUGCCCCAAUGACUUCUCUCGGGCAUCUUCUUGUCAACCAAAUUCACACGUCUUGCCACUCGGAAAUUGAUCACCAUCUUCUACAGAAUUCAUUUUUCAAGCAUGUGCUCAAACUGAAAAACAGAAUUUCAAAGUACUUCUGGAAUGAAGAGAGCAACACUGAAGGCAACAUCGGGACGAGUUUGAACUUUCUAAUCGAGAUUUUCGAGCUGAUUGUGCCAUCGAAAAUGAUUUCCUACUGAGGAAGCGGAAAACAAUAUCUAAUUUAUUUAUUUUUCAACGAGCUUAUUAUUUAUGAAUUAAAAUUAAAUGUACAAUUAAGGAUUCAGAAUUUGGA